AUGGCCCAGCUGCGCGUCGUGCUCCUCGUGGCCGUGCUCCAGCUCGUGAUGAGUGAGCUCCACCAAAGCCUCUUGGCCGUGUGCACGGCCUGGGACGGCGUCACGUGCCCCUUUACGACAGCGGCGCCGCUCGCAUCGCUCUGGGACCGCCGGUCGCAGACGCUGUGCAAGGCGUCUGUGGCCGUGAGCGUCAAGCAGAUUGACUGGCAAAGCAACCUCAUCACGGGCAAAGGCCUCGUGCGCAGCGUCAAAGUCAAUGGCAACGAGCUACUGACGUCGCUCGUGUAUCCGUCCGAUGCAUACGUAGCGCCCAACUACCCGCACUGCGACGACUGGUACGACCGCUCGAUCUUGCCGUUCAUUACGAACGCGUCCGUGGCUUUUCAGAUUGAGUUUGAGUGGACGGGCGACCACAGCCAGCGCCACGACUGCUCGUUUGGCGGCAUCUCGUACGUGGGCUUAGCUCAAAUGGACUUGUACUAUGAAAUCCAAGACGACAGCGCUUGUCCGGGCUGGCACCCCAAUACGCACUCGUGGUGCUCGGGCCAUGGCCAAUGCGACUGUGCGACCAGCGAGCAUGCCAACCGCACCUGCCUCUGCCAGUACGUUCUUGCCAAUACUCGCUACGCAAGAACACGUUACGAAUGA